AUGUGUGGGAUAAGCGCAUUUCUAAGCCACGGAGAGCUGUACUCAGAGGAGCGGAGCAAAGGGCAAGACAAAAAUUUAAAAAUCGAGCUGGAGAAUAGCUUGGAUCUCGUCAGCCAUCGAGGACCGGAUGCUCGCGGGCGUUGGUUUAGUGAUGAUUACCAAGUUGGCCUUGGUCAUGUUCGGUUAUCAAUAAUCGAUCUCAGCCCCAGUGGUAACCAGCCGUUUCAUGAUGAAAAGGGUGGCAUUCAUGCCGUUGUGAAUGGUGAACUCUAUGACCAUGAACAUUAUCGAGCCCAAUUAGCCAGCGAAUUCGAGUUUGUGGGAAACAGUGACUGCGAAAUUGUCAUUGCAUUAUAUAAACAUUAUGGCCUCUCUUUCAUGUCUCAUUUGAGGGGAGAGUUUGCCUUUGUGAUAUGGGAUGCAAGCCGCCAGCGUCUCAUAGCAGCCAGAGAUCGAUAUGGAAUAAAAUCACUCUAUUAUACGGUGUUUCAAGGCAAGUUGUUGGUUGCAACAGAGAUGAAGUCUUUCCUAGCAUUCGGAUUACAACCGGAGUGGUGUGUUAGAACAUUGCGAGACCAGAGCUGGAGAGUGGAAUCACGCACUUUCUUUAAAGGCGUGUACAGAGUUCUCCCUGGGCAUUAUCUCAUAUGUCGGCGUAAUGAGAGAGAAGAACAGAAACCAUAUUGGGAUAUUGAGUAUCCCGAUAAAUUUUCCCACGAGACGCGAUCGGAAGACGAAAUGGUGGAAGGGGUGAGGGAGCGUCUUCUAGAGGCUGUCAGAAUCCGACUGAAGGCGGAUGUUCCUGUAGCUGUCUACCUCAGUGGCGGGAUAGAUUCAUCAUCAGUUGCCGGCAUGGUGGCCGAACUCAUGAAACAGGGCACAAAGCUAGGCAGCGAGUCUUGCUCCGUCCCAUCAAAAAUGAAAUGUUUCACCGUCCAGUUCGACGAAGAUAGUGGUGCAGAUGAGUCGGAAAUUGCCCAGCGCACGGCAAAAUGGCUCGGUGUUGACAUCCAUUUUGUUAGGAUGGAUGAAGAGGCCCUCGUAUCUCGCUUUGAGGACGCUGUUUGGAACAGUGAAAUUCCUCUCCCUGAUCUGAACGGAAUGGGCAGGCUGGCAUUGGCAGAGGCGGUCCACUCCCAGGGUAUCAAGGUCGUGGUCACUGGCGAGGGUUCUGAUGAGCAUUUCGGGGGCUACCUUGCCUUCCGGGCCGACUCUCUCAGUGAGCCCGAUUAUUCAUGGCCGGCAUUACAAAUAGCCGAUGCAGACCGUGAGGAAGCAUUGCGUACGGCGGUUGAACAAAUCACAUAUGGUAUCUUCGGAGACUAUAGCCCAGCCGUCCCGAGUGCGACGAUGCGUAUGCUGAGCCAUAGUCACGUCACCAGCUCCAUCGCAAGAGUCGGCAGUCUGCCAUUCUCAGAUGGCAUAAAGUCCUACGGUGAUGAUAUACCAGAGACCAGUCUCAUAGAGGGUUUCAACGGGCGUGUCCGGGAUAAUAUAACAAACCGGUGGCACCCACUCCAUACCGCUCAGUACCUAUUCAUGAAGUCCUUUUUACCACAUUUUAUCUUGCGGUAUAAUGGAGACAAUAUCGAUAUGGUCCAUCAAGUCGAAAGUCGUUGCCCGUUCCUUGACCAUCAUCUGACGGAAUAUGUUAACAAUGUGCCACCAAGCCUCAAGAUGAAAUACAACGCGAGACAGAAAUCCUUCCGUGAAAAGUACAUCCUCCGAGAAGCAGUGAGACCAUACGUCACCGAUGAGGUCUACAAUAUCAGCAAAAAGGCUUACAUGGGUCCAAGGAGAUUCAAGCUGGGCGGACCGCUGCACCGAAAGAUCAGCCAUCUAGUCACCAAGGAAAAUGUAAGAAACCUGGGCUUUCUCGACUGGAAUGAUACAGAAGAGGCUGUGGAGAGAGCUUUUAGCCAGCAGGAACCCUUAGCACUCCGCCGUGCGAUCACCGUUGCUCAAUUUGUUGUUCUCGGGCAGCGAUUCGGAGUCAAGCCAGCAGGUGUCUUGCCCAACUAA